GGAGAUGGCCGUGCUCUCCUCAACAACCGCCUGCGCCGCAAUUACAUCGCACACGACUUCCAGCAGUAACGUUAAUAGCACCGGCGUACCAGGUGGAGCAUCUACGGAGGGUCACGUUGGAUCCUCGUUGGCCGACAAAAUUCAUGGAAUUACGGAAAAAUUGCAAGCUCUAGGUCAUCAUAGAACGGAAAGCGAAAUCUCGAGAACGAAAACAGGAAGCGUGCAUCCGAUGUUAACGGUCACCCAUACGUCGUACAGCUGUCACGACGUACUAGAGAAAAAGAGCACAGACAGCAGUCCAAGUCAAAGCCAAAUGUCGCGUAAUUCAUCCAGGAAGUCGAACAAUUCCCUUCUUGUCAACAACGGGAAAUUGGAAGGUAGGGGCAAUCGCUGA